GCAAUCAAGAGACAUUCGUAUCAAUGAGCGGGUCUUCUAUUGACGACGCAGCAGCAUCUCGCCAGCAAAUAUUGACGACACUAGACAAGGAUGCUGAAGAGCGUUUGGCGCGGCAGGCCGACAAUGAAGCUUACAAAUGCCUGAUCACACUUGAGCAAAAUAAUUUUACCAUCACCAUCGCGCAUGUCUUCGAUCGGGAGAAGAUUGGGGAGUCUGAGCGUAAGCGCUUCGAGUACUUGUGGGGAUGCGAAACAGAUAAAUUCCACUGCGAUACCCCAGCCAACUUGUUAUAUCUGCGUGCGGACGUUCAUUGCGGGUUUGAUAAUCAUGGAUGGGCUAUGCUACCUGAACUCAAGUAUCUAAACAUGAUCUAUGACUACUUCAAUCCGAUCGUCGCCAACCUUAUAAAGCAGUCAUCCUCCGCGUCGCCAGACACUAAUAAUGAACAUCCCCAUUCUCCAUUCACUUACUGGGAAGAUUUCAACUGGUGUAAAGAUCAGUACGUUUACUAUGUGGUUCCUCUGAGACGGGAAAUCGACGGGACUCUCGUCACUCGUCGCUCGGGGCCGGGAUGGGAUACCUAUUACGGCGGCGAAGGUUUCCCAGCACUGAACUCUUGGAUACAUCCUUUCUUCGCCAUCUGGAACGCGGGGUCGAAGCUCGCAUAUCUCCGGAAUGUGCCCUCCCGGCGGUUUUGUGUUCAGGACAUGGAAGACACCAUCAUCAGAGCCCUCGUGUACAAGGCCUACGAUAUCUGGAAGUUGUGGAUGAAGUGUCCCAUCUCGACCGAUUGCAGGAUGCCUUCCCGGGAGCCAUCGCAAACUCCGUUGGAAAGCGCCAAUGGAUAUGCGACUAAUCCGUCGGUCUCAUCGGAGGACCAUCAGAGUUUUCAUUUUGGGACGGGUUUCUUAGACGUUCACUCUCGGAAACGGACUGGCAGUGAAGGGAACGAUAUCGAAGACGGGCGCCCGCAGAAGAAGACCAAGGCCGGCGGUGAGCGUGCUUGA